AUGCACGAACGUACUCAAGAUGCUUUUUGUUACGUAAGAAAAUAUGGACGUCCCGACUUAUUUAUUACUGUAACUACCAAUCCCAAGUGGGAUGAAAUCACUCGGGAGCUUAUUGAGGGUCAAGCACCGCAUGACCGCCAUGAUAUUAUCGCAAGAGUUUUUCAUUUAAAAUUAAAAUCAAUGAUAGAUCUACUUAUCAAAGAUAACAUUUUUGGAGAUGUAUUGUGUUAUAUGUAUAGUGUUGAGUGGCAAAAACGCGGCCUACCUCACGCACAUAUCCUGCUUUGGUUAAAAGAUAAGGCUCGACCUAAUGAUGUAGACAGUUUAAUCAGUGCUGAAAUUCCAGAACCGAUUGCAGAUCCCGUGUUAUACGACAUUGUUAUAACUCAUAUGAUACAUGGUCCAUGUGAUGCAUUUAACGGGAAUGCUCCUUGCAUGCAAGACGGUCGUUGCACUAAAAGAUAUCCAAAAGCAUUAGUGGAUGAAACUGUAACAGGACAUGAUGGAUACCCAUUAUAUCGUCGCCGUUCAAGAGACAAUGGUGGUUUUACUGUUGAAAAGCGAGUGUCUGGACAAUAG